ACUGAGAAGAAGAAGUUACGGUCUUAUCUAUAUUAAGUAGAGCAGCUCUUUAUUCAGCUCAAUUAUUUUUGAAAACGAAAACACUUAAAGCUUAGCUGUGGAUCAGAGAGCAGCAGACCUGGAUGUGAGGAUGAAGCGCUCUUUGCUCUGUGUGCUGGGGCUAUUCUUACUAGGUGUAAAAGCAGCAGCAGUAGCUAAAUCACCCCAGGAAGUCUCUGGAUACCUUGAAGAAAACACCACAUUGCCCUCAGGAGUCGACCCAUCGUGGAGUCUCAUCAGAAUUGAGUGGUCAAUAUUCACCAACAUCACUUUGAUUGCCACUUAUCGCAAUGGGAUAAAAAACACUGAACGUGUCCCUCAGUACACAGGGAGACUCACUCUUAACACAAGAUCAGGUGACCUAACAAUUCACAACCUGAAGGAAAGUGAUGCUACAGAAUACACUGUAGAAGUCCGCAACAGUGAGGGUGAAGACAAAAUACAUCAGAUUAAACUCACAGUAAAACAAAAGCUCCAGCAGCCAUCCAUCCAGAUAGUCACGAGCACUUCUGUAGAAAGUGGCUGUUUAAUGGUGGUGACCUGCUCUUCUCUGGAUGAGGGUGUUAACCUCUCCUGGAGUGUUGAACCAGUCAGUGUGCUCACCAUCAACAAGAGUGAUCCCAGUGACAGCUCUGCACAGCUUUUUGCAUUUGUCAACACCAGAGAGAACUUUGCCAGUUUUACCUGCAUCUCCAGCAGAGAUACAGAGAGUGUUUCAUCCAAACCUGUCACACCAAAGUGUGAUAGUAAGAUCUGUGGUAAGUUGUUGAAUGGGACACAUUCUGUAACAAACAAGCACAGCAUCAGCUGAGAUGAAGGUUAAACAAAAAACGUGUGCGAUCCAGCAUUUGGUGCUGGUAUCAGUGCAUCUUUGAAAGACUUCAUUAGUUGAAAUUAAAUCAGACAAACCAUCUGAAACAGUGAGUUCCUGCAGCAUGUUACAAUUAUGAGCUGGACUUUAAUAUUAGCAGAGGCUGAUUGUCAAAGCAACCAUUUGUUUUAUUUGAAUUCUUGAAUCUUUUCCUUCAUGAUUAUGUCCUGCCAUUAUAUUCUUACCACGUUAAUUUCACCCUCCUCUGUCUGUUCACUCUGUUGUCGUCCCUCCACUUCUUCUCGGCUGGUGCAGCAGCAGCCUCCUGUGACUGUGAGGGCUGGUUACUGGUUGUUGCUAGAACCACUUCAUGGUACAGCAGCCCCAACAGCUAACAUGUCAUUAAUUUGAUACAUUUUACUGCAUCUGUCUAAACGCUACACUAAACUCUGUUCCACAGUGAAGGCAGGGGAGGGCUGCGUUAAGAAAUUUUAUUGGACAUUAUGAUAUGAGUAGUAAAAGUGAUCAAAUGGCAGCAUUACAGCAAGUAUGCAGUAGCCCUUCAAUUGACCCAUCUGCACAACAAUUAUUCGGCACACUGGGAAGAUGUGGAGCUCAUGAGCUGAAUCACUUUUUGUACAACUGGCUUUAGUUGUGCUCUGUUGCUGUUGUGGUGUCUGAAUAAAAUAAUGAGCCUCUUAAAUUUCAAACACAUGCAGCUAAAAUGUGAGAAAGUGUAAGUUUCCCUGAUGAGAUCAGUUCUGUGUGAUUAAAGCAUGAAAGUGUAAAAGGUCAGAAAGCAUCAUCACAUCUUUGGCACCAUUAUUUCUUUGUUUUUUUCACUUUUGAAGUCGUAUUU